UAUCGCCGGGCGCAUGCGCAUUCUGCGUUCUCAGCUGGCCAAUCAGCUAUUUUAACACUGAACCAACGUGAUUUUUCAAAGAUGGCGACCGGUCUUUUGGUGUCGACAUUAGCUCCUUCCAAUCCUAAAAAAGAAGAAUGCGAGACAUCUAUACAGAAGGUUAUGAAUCCUGAACUUUACAUCAAGCACCCUUUGCAGAACCGAUGGGCUCUUUGGUUUUUCAAGAAUGACAAAAGCAAAACAUGGCAGGCCAACCUCCGGCUCAUCUCUAAAUUUGACACCGUAGAAGACUUCUGGGCAUUGUAUAAUCACAUCCAAGUUUCAAGUAACCUGAUGUCUGGCUGUGACUACUCCCUGUUUAAAGAUGGAAUCGAGCCAAUGUGGGAGGACGAGAGGAAUCGACGAGGAGGCCGCUGGCUGAUCACUCUGUCCAAACAACAGCGCAAAUCAGACCUGGACCGUUUCUGGUUGGAGACGCUCUUGUGUCUCGUGGGUGAAGCAUUUGACGACUACAGUGACGACGUAUGCGGGGCUGUCAUUAACGUCAGGGCCAAAGGAGACAAAAUAGCGAUAUGGACCACGGACUAUGAAAACAAAGAUGCCAUAAUACACAUAGGACGCGUCUAUAAAGACAGAUUAGGAGUUCCUCCUAAAGUCAUCAUCGGAUACCAGUCUCACGCCGACACCGCCACAAAGAGUGGGUCCACAACCAAGAACAAGUUUGUGGCCUGAUGUUUUUCAACAAUCCCAUAUUUUCUUUCUUUUUUUCUUUUCCAUCACACUUGAAUGUAAUUCACAGGUUUUUGACCAAAUGCUUUAAAAGUGAAAUUAAAAAAAUAUGUAUUUUCUUCAAAUUGCUGAUUUGCAAAGUUAAAAGUGUUGUUUAUGUUGAAAACAUGCAAGUUAAAUUUAGCACUUUUUUGGUGGUGGGGUUUGAUGAAUGGUUUAAUACAUUUCUUGAAACAUGAGUUGAUAAAUUAUAAUAAAAAAAACAACUUAAAAUGUCAAGAAAAAUGAGCAUAAUCCAAUAGCUUAUUUCUUCUUUACUUCUGUUGUUGUUUUUGUGCUGUUUACACAAACAAAGUCAGUUUUGUGCCAGUGUUGAAUGUGGAUUUUGACAUUUCUUAGUUAAAAUAUAUUGAAGUAUUUUUUUUUUUUCCACAAGGAGUUGUGCACUGAAAUGCCUUGUGGUAAAAGUUUAAUGUUUAACUAUAGUAUAGCAGAAAAAUUAGGUCUUUUCAUAUAUACAACUUCUUGGUAGCUAACAUAAGAAAUCACUUGUUGUGCUGAAAAAACGUAAACAUCAAUUUUAGUAUUUAACUUUUGUUGUGUAGACACAAGAGCAACUGUGUUUCCUUUGAAAAGUAUAUUUUUGUAAAGCUGGCAUCAUAAAAUUUAUUUACCUUCUAGAUUUUGGUUAUGAUGUAUUAAAAGGUAUCUUGACUUCUGCCUUUAAA